AUGUCACAAACAUCACCAUCCAAACCAGAACAGGUCUCCUCUCCUUCUCGGUACUCCCACCUCGAGACGCUUUUCGGCCCUCAAACGCGUGAUCGGAUCAGGAAUAGCUCCGUCUUGGUAAUUGGCGCGGGUGGGAUUGGAUGUGAAUUACUUAAAAACUUAGUCUGCACUGGCUUCGGUCACAUCACCAUCGUCGACUUGGACACAGUCGAUACAUCAAAUCUGAACCGACAGUUUUUGUUCCAAAAGAAACACGUGAAGAGACCCAAAGCGAUUGUAGCUCGUGAGACGGCGUCAGCAUUCAACCCGAACGUCACGAUUCAAGCCCUUCAUGCCAACAUCAUGGAUUCUCAAUUUGAUCAAGCGUAUUUCAAGUCAUUCGACCUGGUUCUAAACGCUUUGGACAACCUUUCAGCGCGCAGGCAUGUCAACAAGAUGUGCGUGAUGACCAAGGUGCCGUUAAUUGAAAGUGGGACUGCGGGGUACAACGGACAAGUCCAGCCGAUUCGAAGUGGUAAGAUGGAGUGCUAUGAUUGUCAGCCUAAACCACUACCGAAAACCUUUCCAGUAUGUACAAUUCGCUCCACACCAUCCAGCCCGAUACAUUGCAUUGUUUGGGCAAAGGAUUAUCUUUUCCCGCAACUAUUUGGGCCUGAAGAUGAAAACGAAGGGGCAGAUCUAGAUGAAGCGAUUAAAAAUGGCGAAAGUGUGAAAGAGGUAGAAGCCUUGAAAGAGGAAGUGAAAAGAAUGAAAGAAAUCAGAGCCCAGCUGGAUUCACCCGAGAUGUCCAAAAUCGUGUUCGAUAAACUAUUUGAAGAAGAUAUCAAGCGACUUUUGAUGAUGGACGAUAUGUGGAAACAGCGAAAAGCUCCGAAGCCGUUGAACUAUGACGAACUGAAGUCGCAGAAAACACACACUGAAAACGGCCAACAAGACCAGCACGCCCCAAGUACCGGAGGUUUGAAGGAUCAACAGACUUUAAGCCUGAAGGAUUCUUUUGACUUGUUUUGUUCAAGCUUGCUAGCCCUUGGAAAACGGAUCCAAUCAGAUGCCGCUCAUGAACCUCUCCGCUGGGAUAAAGACGACGAUGACGCAUUGGACUUCGUCACUGCUGCCUCUAACUUGAGAGCCAGUAUAUUUGGUAUACCCCAGAAGACGCGUUUCGACGUCAAAGAAAUGGCUGGAAAUAUAAUUCCUGCCAUUGCAACAACGAACUCAGCCGUAUCGGCCCUGAUUGUUUUCCAAGCCAUCAACAUCCUUUGUCGAUCAACGGAAAAAGAAAACUCAUGUCAAAACGGCGCUCAUGCAACAAAUGAUGGUAAUUGUGGGCCUCCUCUACCCAAGAUUACUGCAUGUCGACCCUGGUAUGGUAAGACAACGGAUCGAAUCAUUGUGGCCGGCAGCAUCGACCCACCCAAUCCUCAUUGUCAAGUUUGCCAAGUCAUUUAUGCGACAGCUCAUGUACACCCAGACUGCACAUUGAAGCAGUUCAUAGUCCACGCGCUCAAGGGUAAGCUCUACGAGGAUGAAGACGAUGAAUCAAUUACUAUCCAAGAAGGCGACCGAUUGUUGUACGACCCCGACUUCACGGAAAACGGGACGAAAAGCUUCAAGGAGUUGAAUCUGGUAGAUGGACAAGCAGAACGGAUUUUGAGGAUAACGGAUGAAGCAGACAAAUAUGCUCCCCUGAUGUUCAUUAUUUCACAAAGUGCCUCGUCAACAGACGACAAAUUAUUGGUCGAAGGCCUCCCAGCCAAAAUACCCAAUCGACCGCCUCCGCCUCCUGAGCCGAAAUUGAAUCCGACGACCGACAUGAAUGAUGACUCAGAUGUUGAACAAGUGAAAACUACGAACGGCCUAAACGGGGCCAAAAGAAGCCGGGAUACACCGAAGAAGGCCGAUGGAUCGAAGGAAGAUGAGAUUGUAUUGAUUGAUCAGCUGGAUGAUUCUUCCAAGCCUCCACCUUCCAAAAAAAUUAAACUCGACCAGUCGGAUCAUUCUGCGCCGGUUGAGAUAGUUGAAAUCUCCUAA